AUGAACGACAUCGUAAUAAAAACCACAACUAUUUUAAGCGAUAUAUUCGCAAUAACAACGACAGCCGUUCCAUUUCCAUCCACAGAUGUAUUUUCAUCAAAUUCAAGUGAUCAAUCGCGACAUCCAGGUAUCAGUGAUAGUCAACAAGCAUCGAUUGAUGCAUUCAAUACCUUUAUACAAAUUGGUGUGGGUGGUCUACUGUUUAUAUUUGGUUUAACAUUUAAUUGUUUAAGUUUAUUAUAUUUUUAUGUUUCAAGAAGUUUUCGUCAUACAACAUUUCGUCUGUAUUUUUCAGUUAUAUCUAUACUUGAUACACUUCGUCUCCUAGAAUUUUUAAUUUUUUUAUUAUUUGAUAAACAAAUUAUCAAAUUAACAUUGGCAUUAUGUCGAUUCAUGUUCUUUUUCUUCAUGUUUACAGGACAAGCGAGUAUUUUUUUAACAGUUGCGUUAGCUGUUGAAAAAUGUAUUAUCAUCUGGUUUCCAAUUAAAGGUCGUCUCCUCUUUACCAUAACAAUAUCAAAAGUAAUUCUUAUUCUUGUCCUAUUACUUGUAUUUUUUGCUGAUUUAAUUUAUUUAUUACCAAAUUUUUUUCUUCAAACAUAUGAAAAUUUUUCAUUGCAUACUUACAUGUGUUUAUGGCAAGCAGCAAGUUCUGGUCAACAAAAUGCAACAACUGAUGUAUGGAAAAAACAUUAUUUUACAUUUAAUACAAUAUUUUUUCAUUCUAUUAUACCGUCAACAUUUUUACUUAUUAUUAAUUGGUUAAUAUUGUAUAGUUUAUCAAAACAUCGUUUUAUUUUAUCUGGAUCAAUUGAUGCUCGACACGUACUAAAACGUGAAAAACAAUUUAAAGAAAAAACAAUACAAUUAGUAUUAUCAUCAUUUUUCAUUGUUAUUGCAAUAUCACCACGUUAUGUUUUAACAAUGGUUAAUAUAUUCUAUUUAACAUUAAUAAAAAAAUCAUUAUUUCCACUACAUAUUUAUGUAAAUUUAAAUACCGUAUUUAGAGUAUUAGAAAUGUCUAAUUAUAGUCUAAAUAUGAUGUUUUCAAUAUUAAGCGGUCGUACAUCUCGUCGAGAAAUUCAUAAAUUAUUAUGGGAACAUAUAAUAUCGCGAUUUUAUUUUUCGAAAUCAAAUAAAUCGAAACAUACACAAUCGUAUUACAUUGACGACGAUGAAUAUACUGAAAGAUCAAAUCAUUCUACUGUCAUUAUACCAAAAAAUAUGAAUCGUUUAAUUGAGAGUGACGGUAUAGUAUCUCAACAACAUGAUAAGCAACUUCAUCAUCAUCCAACUACAUUUCAAUUGAAUUGCUGUGGUCUAUGUAUGAUUGAUACAUCGAGUUUAAAACAAAUUAAACAACAACAGCAAAUUCGUUCGAGAAAUUUAACAAAGAGAAAUAGUGUUAUAAAUCGAUCGACUAUAUCAUCGAAAAAGCUAUCAAAACGUACUCAUUCGACAAUGUCAAUACCAUAUAGUGGUCAAGAAUCAAUAUAUUAUAAUUGGAACAAUAGUAAUAACAGUAGUUUUAAACAACAAACAACUAAUAAUAACCCCCAAAAAAAAUUUCAACAACAAAACUCAAGUGCAAACGAUCAUCUAUUAUCGCCAGGUACACCACUUCAUGAAACUGUUUACUGUUUUCGAAAUAUCGAUCGAUAUGAUUUGACAAAGAAACGCUAUCAUUAUCCGUCAAGUAUCAUCUGUACACAUUCACUACCAUCGUCUGAUAUACGUUAUGCUCUUAAAUGUCCAUCAAUUAAUGUUGGAAAUUCUUCAUUAAAAUUGAAAAAAUAUUAUUCAUUCUCUACUGCAUCUUCAUCUUCGUCAAUGAGUUCAGGAGUUGCAACAAUAAAACAACCAGCACAAAUAAUGUCAUCCUAUUCAUCAUUAACAUUUGGUGGUAAUGGGAAUAGACGAUUACAAGAUGUGUUUGAAGAGCAGCAGCCGACAAAGUUUACAGUAUUAUCUAAUGACGAUCGUGCUGGUGGUAUUGAAGAACAGCAAUAA